AUGCCGACUCCUGAAGAACUCCUGGCCGUCGAGCGGAUUUCGGCCGAGGACUUGGCUGCCGCGCUGCGAUCGGACGCCGAGCACCCGGUUGUUGUUGACGUCCGCAACGAGGACUACGAGCUGCUGGGCCACAUCGUUGACGCCGAGCACCUGCCCUCGGCCACUUUCAAAGAAGACGCCGACGUGGACGCGCUGGUCGCCAAGUUCGGCAGCAAGCAAAACAUCGUCUUCCACUGCGGCCACAGCAACACGCGCGGCCCCACGUGCGCGUUGCGCUUCAUUGAGCGGGCUGAGGCUGCUGGAGUCAAGACGCACGUUCGAGUGCUCGCUGGAGGCUUCGCCGAUUUCGCGGAAAAAUUCUCGGGAUCAACGGACCUCGUGACGCCCCCUUCGAAGCCGACAGACGCCGAGUAA